AUUCUUUUGAGUGUUCCCCAAAGAAAGAAAGAAAAACUACAUAUUGUGUAAUGGUUUUGUGAUACUUAUUUUACCAAGCAGCGUUAACAGACUGAGUUUCUGUGAGAAAUAAUGGAUAUAUAUAAAGGAGAGAUAAUGUUAUUUUGUCUUUAAUGGGGCGUGGCUAGCACCCUCUCCUCCUCUCACGCAUAACUUUAGAGUCGCCACAGCAGUGCUGUUCAUAUCGCUGUGCCGAUCCAUCAGAGAAGCAGCUAACCCAGCCCCCUCACGGCAAAAGGAAAUGAAGAGGCGGCUACAUAAGAAAUACCUAAUCUUGAUUCUGGCAUAUUCAGGUUUACUUCUGCUAAUCCCCUAUGUGUUAGAUUACCGGGACAAAUCCGUCCAACACUCGAAACACGGACUGCCGCAACAACAGCCCAGAUGCCCAGAUUUGGAGAACACGGUGGCGCUGCUGUGGGAUAACGGUUACAAACUAAACGGUAGCGACGCGGCGGAGUACGCCGUCAACCGGAGCCAGUCUCGGAUACACAUCUACCUGCACGCCACCUGGAGGACGGGUUCGUCAUUUUUGGGGGAGCUGUUCAACCAGCACCCCGAUGUUUUCUACCUGUACGAGCCAAUGUGGCAUAUAUGGCAGGCUCUGUACCCUGGGGAUGCAGCCAGUCUGCAGGGUGCAGUGCGGGACAUGAUGAACGCCUUGUACCGCUGCGAUUUCUCCGUCCUCAAACUUUACGCAGGCUCGCAAAACAUCACUACGUCGUUCAUCUUCGGUUGGAAAAUGAACAAGGUGAUAUGCUCGGAGCCGCUGUGUGAUGCACACAAGCGGCACGAGAUAGGGCUGGUGAAAGAGGACCAGUGCGCGAAAUGCCAAAAGAGGGACAUUAGGGAGCUGGAGAGGGAGUGUAAAAAGUACAAGGUGGUGGUGAUCAAAGGAGUCCGUGUUUUGGACCUAAGCACGCUGGUUCCUUUGAUGAAAGACCCGGCGAUAAACCUCCAGAUCAUUCAGCUCUUCAGAGACCCAAGGGCCGUGCACAACUCGCGGCUGAAGUCCAAGCAGGCCCUGGUGAAGGAGAGCAUCCAGGUGCUGAGGAGCAAGAAGCAGAACGACAAGUAUAAGCGUCUGCUGGUGCCGAACAACAGGGUGAACCGGGCUGAGAGCUACGUCUCCAGCGCCAUGGAGCUCAUCUGUGACAACUGGCUCAGUGACAUGAUGCUGGUGGUGAACUCCCCUCCCUGGGUGAAAAGGAACUAUCUCCGCAUCCGCUACGAGGACCUGGUCCUGCACCCCAUGGAGGAGCUCCAGAGGUUGUUCCGCUUCUCCAACCUCUCCAGCUCUCCUGCUUUGGAGAGGUUUGCUCUGAACAUGACGCACGGCCAGGGCUAUUCCUCAGACAAACCCUUCUUGAUAUCGUCUAGGGAUGCUAAAGAGGCCAUAUAUGCUUGGAGGGAGCGACUCAAUGUUGAGCAGAUAAAUCAGGUGGAGGCCUACUGCAGCGAGGUCAUGAGACAGCUGGGGUAUCAGAAGAAUAGCAUGGACAAAACCACAUGAGCACGAGCCAUGAAGAAUCAUUAAGGGGCCUGGUAUUCAAGGCAGAAGGCAAAAGGUGGAAUAACAACGCAAGAAGCUGGAAUAUGGUCCACUGGGAGCUGCAAGCAUGGCUCUUGGGUUGUUUUUUUUUCAGCCGAGGCGGGUCGAUGAACUGGAGAGAAUCCAAGUGGAAAGAGCAGCCAGUCAGAGACGGAUGAAAUUGAAACGGGGAGCCGGCAGCUUAUUUUUACGGUGAUACCUGUUCAACACCAGUGAGGUCUAUGCAGAUAGAGAAGAUAUGGGGAGGGGGAAAUAAACAAGAAGAGAGAGACAGAUGAGGCUGGUUUGUGCCGCCACUGUGCUCACCAGUCUCUAUCCUUCUGUCCUUUUUAGUAGCACUAAUCCUUCCUCAAAUCCCCUGCAGGCGAGGGCCAUAAAAAGCAAGAGAUGGGUCCUUCUUGGGAGACGACUGCCAGGAUCCAGGGUGGCAGCGUUGGGUUGGUUAGCUCUCACCUGACUGACUUAUCCGUCCAGCCUAUGACUAAGCGUGGCAGUAAUCUCGAGCAUUACUGAUACUUAACUGCAGUUGGCUCACUAACAAUGCUAAUGUAGAACUUUGAAAGGAGAAACUACAGUAUUUUCUUUAAAAGAGGCCUGACUGAGGAACUAUUGUUCCACCCCCCCGGCCCCUCAGGAAUCUGGACAGCUGCAGCGCCCCACUGACAAAACACUCACAUGGGUGUGAAAUUUUCUAAUAUCCCACGGACGUGUCUUGGAAAGCUGUCUCUGUCCUUUGCCAAUGAACUUUUUAGCAAGUUUUCACCACAGAUGGUACUGAUUCAUUUUAUCUACCGUUUUUAUUGUUUUAUAGUUUUUGUCUAAACUAUUGUUAAAAUGCUGUGAUAUCCCUCCGGUUAAGAAUGUGUUGUGUGUUGAGGAGGGGUAAAAUGUUUACCAGCAUCCACAUGUUCAACUUUAGAAGUUGGUUCUUUAAUAUUUGUUGAGGGUGGAAUACCUGAAGAAGUUCUCUUGUCAAAGAAAGAAAUAACAUUUAGACGAUUCAAACUGACUUCAAUAAACAGUGAAAACUAGA